AUGGAUGUUGAUGGAGGAGGUUAUCUUGUAGACAAUGUUCCUCAGGCAAAUAAGCCUGAGUCACACUUAAUCUUCGGCAAGGACCCUAAUAAAGUACUAAUAAGUCAAGCUAGAAGGCAGUUUCAGCCUCCUGGACAGCUUGAUUCAAUAACUGGUAAAAAUGAUGCCAGGACAAUGACUAUGACUCACUUUUUGCUUGGUAAUGAUAGGGGAGAUGGUGUCACAACUAUGAAUGCAGAUUAUCAACCUCCUGGAGCCGCUUUUACCCCAGCAGCAUUGGAUGUCAAUACAAAGGCAGAUUUAAGAAAAUCGCAUUUUACUCUUGGAAAUGAGAACGGAAGAAUGAUGGGCAGAGAAGCAAAAGGAGUCCCAUUUGUUCCAGGACAAGGCUCAAGACUUAAUGAAAGAGAAGAGCGUAAAAAUAAAAUGAGGAAGCAUAACUUUGUUUUUGGUAAAGAAGAUAAUACAUUUGUAUCAACUAAUAAUGCUAGUUAUAAGCCUUAUGAAGGAACUGCAGGUAUGAAUAAUUCUAGCAAGAUUGGAGAUGAUAUUGGCAAGACUCAUUACAGACUUGGUGGUCAGAGUGCUCCCAUGAAGACUACACACCAGAGAGAGUUCAUUCCCAAGUCAGGAGAACCUAAUGGAGGCAUUAAAGACACAAAGACUUUUCAACGAACAAAUUUUCAAUUCGGAAAUGAUAGAGGGAAUAUGGUAUCGAGUUCUCACAUGCAUUAUAAAAACUAUCCGCAUGGAGAAUCUGGGAAGCUUAAUCGCCAACAGUUAAAUGAGUUGAGGAAAGAACAUUUUAUUCUUGGGAAGCACCCAAAUCAUUUUCGAACAGAAAAUCAAAUAAAAUAUGGAGACAAUGGUAUGAAUACGGUAGCUCCUGUUGGAAACAGGCAGAUGACUACGACCUCUUCUGUUAAGAUAGGUGAUCCAAAACUUGCUGGAACCUACUUCAGGACUACAUAUGAGCAAGCAAACCAAGAAAGGCCACUUGGAAAUAAUAUUAUGAAGAAAGAUGGUAUCUCAAUGCAAGGCUCUCAUUUCCAAAUUGGUGAUCCGAAUUGACGUGUUGCUAAAAGUGUAUCCCAAGCGACUUAUAGGCCCUUGCCUCCUCCAGAUCGUAUGGGAGACAAAGAUGCUGAAUUAAAAAUCAGGAGUAAUCAUUUUGACCUUGGAGGAAAUUCUUUGCCAGGACAAUACAAGUCAGUAUCAAAGGCAGCAUUUGAUUUCAAAGGAAAUGCUAAUGAUAUCAGAAGUAAACUUGAUGAAAAUAGGAAGAAAGACCUCACAGCUUCUCAUUUCAAGGUUGGUGGUGAUAGUGUAGCAAUGAAAAGCACCAUGCAGGCAUCUUAUAGAGACCUUGGUCCUUCUCAAGCUGCUUUUAAUGAUGAUAAGAAGACAGAUCUAAGAAAUUCACACUUCGUACUUGGAGAUCCAGCCACAGCUGAUUAUAAAACCAACCAUGAGAUCCAGUUCCGUCCUCAUGCUUUUAAAUAG